AUGUCAGCAAAAGCAAUUCGUGAAGCAACUGGAAAAGAUCUUGUUAAUCGCAAACUUCCUUCUGGUACAAAUGCAGUAAAAUGUCGGUUUGUGAGCAUCACAGAAAACACAAAUUGGGCAGAUAUUGUGAAUGAACACCCAUGGGUUCAAACUGAAAAAUUGGUGGUAAAACCAGAUCAAUUGAUUAAACGGCGAGGAAAGCUUGGCUUAAUUAAAGUGAAUGUUGAUUUGAUUAUGGCAAAACAGUGGGUUGCAGAAAGAAUGAACAAAAAUCAGCAAGUAGGGAAAACAACUGGAAAAUUGAGAUCGUUUAUCAUUGAGCCUUUUAUUCCUCAUAAACAAGAAGAGGAAGCCUAUGUUUGUAUCUAUUCUCAUAGAAAAGCAGAUACUAUUUUAUUCCAUCAUGAAGGUGGUGUUGAUGUCGGAGAUGUUGAUGCAAAGGCUUUGAAGUUAGAAGUACCUGUUGGAGAAGAGGGACCGGACCUGUCUACCAUAAUCAAGAAAUUGUUAAUACACGUAAAAGAUAACAGAAAGGAAAUGAUUGGAAAAUUUGUAGAAUCUCUAUAUAAGCUUUAUGUUAACUUAUAUUUCACUUACUUGGAGAUAAAUCCAUUGGUUGUAACAGAAAAUGGAAUUUAUAUACUUGAUCUUGCUGCAAAGUUGGACACGACUGCGGACUUCAUCUGUAGACCUGAUUGGGGAGAGAUUGAUUAUCCACCGCCAUUUGGAAGAGAUGCUUAUCCAGAGGAGGCCUAUAUUGCCGAUUUAGAUUCUAAAUCUGGAGCUAGUUUGAAAUUGACUAUUCUCAAUCCAGCUGGUCGGAUAUGGACAAUGGUCGCUGGCGGUGGUGCAUCUGUGAUAUAUUCGGACACCAUUUGCGAUUUGGGAGCUGCAAAUGAAUUAGCUAAUUAUGGUGAAUAUUCUGGCGCACCUAGCGAACAGCAAACUUACGAGUAUGCAAAAACCAUUUUAAGCUUGAUGACGAAAGAAAAACGACAAGAGGGAAAAGUAUUGAUCAUUGGUGGUGGUAUUGCUAACUUUACAAAUGUAGCUGCCACUUUCAAAGGUAUUGUAAAGGCAUUACAGGAAUAUCAACCUAAACUCGUGGAUCACAAUAUAAAAAUAUUUGUAAGACGAGCGGGGCCUAAUUAUCAAGAAGGUUUAAGAAUUAUACGUGAAGUUGGUAAAAGACUUGGUAUUCCUGUUUACGUAUUCGGCCCAGAAACUCAUAUGACAGCUAUAUGUGCAAUGGCCUUAGGCAAGAAACCAAUUCCGGACCCUGAAGCUCAGGAAUUUUCGACUGCAAACUUUUUAUUACCCUCGGGACAAGAUGUGGGUCCUUCAGUUUCUUCUGCGACUGCUUCUUCUUCGCCUACCAAACAAUCCAAACUAAAAACAAGCGAUUCUCUUGACGGAGAAAGAUUACACAAACAGCUUUUCAGUAGUAAAACCAGAGCCAUCAUUUGGGGAAUGCAAACUAGAGCUGUUCAAAGUAUGUUAGACUUUGAUUUUGUUUGUCGUAGAUCUGAACCAUCCGUAGCUGCUAUUGUAUAUCCUUUUACGGGAGAUCAUAAACAAAAGUUUUACUGGGGUCAUAAGGAGGUACUUAUUCCUGUCUAUAAACAAAUGAGAGAUGCUAUGACUAAACACACAGAUGCAGACGUUAUGGUUACAUUUGCUUCUUUGAGAUCUGCAUACGAAAGUGCAGUGGAAACCAUGCAAUUUUCUCAAAUCCGGACAAUUGCUAUUAUUGCCGAGGGAAUACCCGAAAAUAUGACGAGAAAAUUAAUUUUAAUGGCACAACAAAAGGGCGUUACAAUCAUUGGUCCAGCUACUGUUGGAGGACUUAAACCUGGCUGUUUUAAAAUUGGUAAUACUGGUGGGAUGAUGGAUAAUAUUCUUCAUAGUAAACUUUACAGACCUGGCAGCGUUGCAUAUGUUUCUCGUUCUGGAGGUAUGUCUAACGAAUUAAAUAAUAUAAUUUCUAAAGCUUCCAACGGAGUGUUGGAAGGUGUUGCAAUUGGUGGAGAUCGUUAUCCAGGCACAACAUUUAUGGAUCACAUUAUGCGUUAUCAAGAAAAUCCGGAAGUAAAGCUUAUAGUACUCCUUGGUGAAGUCGGUGGUGUGGAAGAGUACGAAGUAUGUCAGUCGUUGAAAACGAAGAAAAUUACGAAGCCAUUGAUUGCUUGGUGCAUUGGUACUUGUGCCAGUAUGUUCAAUUCUGAAGUACAAUUUGGUCAUGCUGGAUCUAUUGCUCAUAGCAAUUUAGAAACAGCUUUUGCAAAGAACGCUGCAUUAAAAGAAGCUGGUGCUUUUGUUCCUGACAGUUUUGAUAAUUUAGGCGAUUUAAUGCAAACUGUCUAUAACAAUCUUGUGAAAAAAGGAGCAAUAGUGCCUGCACCGGAAGUUCCACCUCCCACUGUUCCUAUGGACUACAGCUGGGCUAGAGAACUUGGUCUGAUACGAAAACCAGCAUCAUUCAUGACAUCAAUAUGCGACGAACGUGGUCAAGAAUUAUUAUAUGCUGGAAUGCCUGUAACAGAAGUUCUUAAACAGAAUGUAGGAAUUGGAGGAGUAGUUUCAUUAUUAUGGUUCCAACGGUGCUUAGCCCCGAUGUACUGCAAAUUCCUUGAAAUGUCUUUAAUGUUAACGGCUGAUCAUGGACCUGCCGUAUCAGGAGCACAUAAUACUAUUGUUUGUGCAAGAGCUGGUAAAGAUUUAGUUAGCUCUCUAGUAUCUGGUCUCCUGACUAUCGGUGAUCGUUUUGGUGGAGCAUUAGAUGGCGCAGCUCGUAUGUUCUCUGAAGCAUAUGAUGCUGGAUUACAUCCACAAGAAUUUGUAAAUAAUACACGUAAGAAGGGUAAACUUAUAAUGGGUAUUGGUCAUCGUAUAAAGUCUAUAAAUAAUCCAGACAUGCGAGUGAAACUCAUUAAAGAAUAUGUAAAAGAGCACUUUCCUGCCAGACCAUUGGUAGAAUAUGCACUAGAAGUUGAAAAAAUAACUACGAGUAAGAAACCUAAUUUAAUUUUGAACGUGGAUGGUAUAAUUGCCUGUGCUUUCGUUGAUAUGUUGAGAAACAGUGGAAGCUUUACAAGAGAAGAAGCACAAGAAUAUAUUGAAAUUGGUGCUAUAAAUAGUUUAUUUAUUCUUGGUAGAAGUAUAGGUUUUAUCGGUAAGUGUUCUUCGCUUAAUACAAUGAUCUAUACGAACAAUUAUUUUAAGUUUAUUACUUUAUUACUGUAGGUCAUUAUAUGGAUCAAAAGAGAUUGAAACAAGGUCUAUACCGACAUCCUUGGGAUGAUAUUUCUUAUGUAUUGCCAGAACAAUAUAAUUGA